ACUUAUUUGAGUUGUUGCUACUCUACUACUAUCAUCGCCGUCAAUUUGCAGUUGACAAAAACAAUGACAGAAACUCUAAAAACACUGGAUUCUGUCCCUCAAUUGCAACAUAAUAAUGAAGAAGAAGAAUUGAAGAGAUUGCUUCUUCCAGAUCUUUCCAAUCUCCCCCUCUCUCCUCCUUCUGCUGUUGAAACCAACUUCGUCCGUUAUUUCGCCCUUGAUUUUAUGAAACCAGGGCACGAUCAAUAUGUGUAUCGUCAUGCUAAUGGUUUGUGUGUAGUUGGUUUGGCACUAACCCAUGUAGCUCUUCAAGGUGAAGGAGGUGUUACCUCUGUAGAUUUUAAUGUUGGGAAGUCGGACCGUAGCGAGUUUAAGGUUACAGGGAAGCGCAAGAAGAAUGCGCAACACUUUCACCCAAACAGUAUAUUGUGCAAUGUCUAUGCUGGUGAUGCUUCUUAUAUAGUGAGGUGUUGCGUGAAAGGGUCAUUGCUUGAAGUCAACAAUAGACUAAUCCAAAAUCCAGAAUUGCUCAACACAUCGGCUGAUAGAGAUGGUUUCAUCGCAAUUGUAAUGCCAAAACCUGGAGAUUGGCUGAAGAUUAAGGAUUCACUUGUGACUUUUGAUGAAUUUAAGAAAUUAAGAAAGCUCGCCUGACAGUCUCUUGUUACAUGAGGUAUUCUCUGCCGAUGGGCUGAUCAUAAGUUCUGAAUACAUGUCAUUGAACUGGUCCAAGCAGCUGAGCUCGUUGUACUAUCAUUGUAAUUGGUUCGAAGAUGGUGGGAGCUUGAGGGAGGGUUCAUCUAUACAUGCAACCCAAAGUUAAGAAGCGAAUCCCUGUACUAGACAUUUUGGGACCAAAUAUCGAAUCCUCCUAUGUUAUAUGAUACGGAUCUUUCGGUACUAAAUCUCGAAUCCUCCUAUGUUGUAUGAUUUCAUUUAUGCUGUAUAUUCAUAUUGAAUAAUUCCAAAAUUUCAAUAAGAAAUAUAGAUGUUUUUAAGCA